AUGGAAGACCCUUUCAUCCUCAUCAAAAAUGAUGUGCUAUCAUCACUCAGCAACGCAUCAACACUCUUCGAAUCCUGGAAACGCAUCCUACUAACAGUCACUUCCGCCCAGAACGAAGAACUCCUCAAGACAAAGGAAGAACUUCUCCAGAUCCUCGCAAACAUCGAACAGGACCUCGAGGAUUUGGACGAUGCUGUCCAGGCUGUUAUCGAUAACCCUUCAAGGUUCAAUCUUACUACAAGGGAAUCCAACGCCCGGAAACAGUUUGUCGACCAGACUCGGCGUAAAGUCCAGGACAUGAAAACAAAGCUAGAGCAACCAAUCAAAAUCGGGAGUGCACAACUAGACAGGCUGGCAUUGCUGGAGGACACGACAGGAGGAAGUUCGAGCCCGAGAGGGUACCAGAAACCUACAAGGAGAGAGAACAUGAUGUACAGCAAUACCAAAUUCGUCGAACAGGAAGCCCAACAGCAACAGAUGUUGAUGCAGGAGCAGGACCAGCAACUGGACGGCGUAAUGCACACAGUGCUGAAUAUGCGCGAGAUUGCAAGUACAAUGAACGACGAGCUGGCAGACCAGUCUAUGCUCCUCGACGACCUAGACGAUCAUGUCGACCGGACUGCAGGAAGUCUCCAAAAGGCCAUGAGGCGUAUGAACCACUUCGUCAAGCAGAACGAAGGUACAACAUUGAUGGAUCUCAUAUUUUUGUAG